AUGCAGAAGUCAUCCUCAUCAUUAUCAUCCACUACGACAUCCAUACCAGUUCUGCCAAUUCCCCCUUCCUACAACUCAAACAAUGUCACUGUACGUGAGCAUUCUCGAACAGACGCAGACAAUAGCACAAAUUCAAGGAACACACUGUCAACAGAAUGUAGUAGAUACAUUGAGGCGGAGAAUAUGAACGUAAUCUCAUUGGACAUAGAAAGCGGUUUGAAUCAAGACGCAUCCACGCGGAAUCAGGAAACACUUAAAAUAUGUAGAUUAUGCCACAAGAACAGUAAUUCAUCCGAAACACAAUCAGCUCACGAUACACAUAAUUCAUUCUUGUCCCAUCUCGUCUCUCCUUCCUUAUCAUCAUCAACACUAAUCUCCCCAUGUAAAUGUCGUACAUCUCAUCAUUAUGUUCAUAUUGGAUGUCUAGAACAAUGGCAAGAUACACAGUCUAGCCUCCGCAAUUCUCCCGUAUCAUUUUCGUGCGAAAAGUGCGGUUUUGAAUAUCGAUUAUAUCGUCUUCAAUUAGCAAAAAUUAUACUACACUGGACAAGCAAACAAUUUUAUACGACACUUUUAUUAUUGCUUGCUGCUUUAUUGGCUAGCUUUAUUGCACAUUUCGUGAUAACAUUUUUGAUUAGUAAUGGAAUGUACGAUCCGUCCUUUCUAAGCUUAGACAAACCAACGACAGUUUUUUCUUUAUCACCUCUCGACUUUAUCGGUGGUCUUUGCAUAAUAUCUCUCAUUGGUAUUGUUUACCUCGCAUUACACUCUUCCUCGCCUCUAGUCCUCUUUUCAUGCAUACCUCUCACUUGCUGUGCAAUGUCGGGUCAAUCAGAUGGCAUCGGAUGUAAUGAAUGCGCAAAUGGUAACGCUGAUUGUGGGAUUGUAGUAAUCACGGCAGGAUUAAUGUUACUCGCAUCCUUGAUUGUGUACGGAUUCUUUGGUGCUGUGUUCGGCACUUACAUUCUUAUAAACAGAGCAGUUGAAUGGGUGAUGGAAUUGAUGAGUGGGUGGAUUAUUGAAAUUGGCAAGUGA